GGCAGAUGCUGGGGGUCCUGGGGAGCUCAGGUUCCGGGAAGACCACGCAGCUGGACGCGCUGUCGGGGCGGCUGAGGCAGCAGGGGACACUGGUGGGAGACGUGUGUGUGAACGGCCACCAGCCGCGCUCCGACCAGUUUCAGGAUUGCAUCUCCUAUGCCCUGCAGGAGGACACUUUUCUGGGCUACCUCACCGUCCAGGAGACCCUGACAUACACAGCGCAGCUGGCCAUUGGCACCGUUUCCCCUGCAGGAAGGUAGAAUCGGGGAUGGUGGAGCUGAGCCUCGGCCACGUGGCGGACACGC